AGCCAUUUUGGCUCAAGCCGACUGGUUCAAUACUGCGUCUGGCUGAAUUAUUGAAUCUGCCCCUCAGCUUCGGGACCCAGGCGCACGCCGAGGCCCCCCCCUGCGCAGACCAAUGGCAGACGCCCGGCAGGCGGAGCUGACGGGCCUCGUCGAGGCGGCCACGGCCGCACCGUCCGCGCGAGGCCCCUGGCGCGGGCUGCAGCUCGGCGCCGCCACGCUGCUGCUCCUGGGCGUGCUGGCGGGCGCGGCACGCCUGGCGCUCACGGCCUCGGGCGCCGAGGCUCCGCGCCCCCGCGCCCCGCGCGACCUGCUAGAGCUGACCGCGAGCGAGGGGGACACGAGCGCCCUCCUGAGGCUGGACGGCACACAGCAGGCCGUGGUGAACAAGCUCAUCGACCGGCAGGUCGCGCUGGCGCAGACGGGCUCGGCGACGUCGUCCCCCACCAGGUCGGACUUCGAGGAGCUCGGCGGGACGCUGCCGGUCGCGGCAGACAGGGCGCUCAAGAAGCUGGACUCCUCGACCAACAGGAAGCUCACGGGGCCCAGGGUGGGCUACAAGAGUCCCUUCCCCGAGGAUGGAGAGGAUUGCCACUACCCGACGGGGGCCGAGAUCUCCUGCAUCUCGGGGUACCACUGCUGCGACUCGCUGCAGAUAGCAGGCGCGGCUCCGGCGAAGUUGUAUUCCAUCUGUUGCCCGAACGAGGGUGUGGCGAGUCAGUGCGUCGCGAAGAUCUUCUUCGUCUCGUGCGAGGACCCAGGCCCGUACCAGAAGAAGUAGGACGUAGAGGAUGAAAGUUUCAUUGCCCAAAGACGGCAAUGCUCCAGGAGAUGCGAAUAUUUUUACGGCCGCGCCCAGGGCUCUUUUGUGAUUGAGCCAUUGGGGUGAAGCGCAUUUCAUUGUUUCGCCAUUUAUGUAUUGCGGUAGCUCUGUCGGUCUUCGGGCUUUUGAUCGUCGUCUGGAUUAGCUUCCAGCGGCAUGCUGUACAAUGCUUUCCGGAGACUGGCGCGUGGCUCAGGUGCAGCACGCAGAGCCAAGCCCUCGAACAAAA